AUGGAGGUCUUACUUGGAAUAACUGGCAAAGACUUUACCCUCAUUGCGGCCUCAAAAGCUGCUAUGAGAGGUGCAACUAUUCUCAAAGCUUCCGAUGACAAGACAAGAACUUUAAACCAACACACUUUGAUGGCAUUUUCUGGAGAGGCUGGAGAUACAAUUCAAUUCGCAGAAUACAUUCAAGCCAACGCUCAACUUUACUCCAUGCGCAACAACAUUGACCUCUCCCCAUCUGCCGUCGCCCACUUUGUCCGUGGUGAAUUAGCACAAUCCCUCCGCUCUCGCAAACCAUACAACGUCAACCUUCUUCUCGGCGGUGUUGAUCCAAUCACCGACAAGCCCAGCCUAUAUUGGCUCGACUACCUGGCAUCACUUGCACCCCUCCCAUAUGCAGCUCAUGGCUACGCACAAUAUUACUGCUUAUCGAUUCUCGAUAAACAUCAUCAUCCAGAUAUUGAUUUUGAACAAGGAAUGAAAGUUUUGAGGAUGUGUACGGAUGAGUUGAAGAGGAGGUUGCCGAUUGAUUUCAAGGGCAUGACUGUGAAGGUUAUCACGAAGGAGGGGAUCAAGGAACUUGAUUAUGAUGACAGUGCGAGAAUUGAUUGUCCUUAA